GCCAACACUGAUUGGCUGCUUCCCAUCAUGAGUCGGUGGCGUCGUUCGGUGGACGAGCUGACGGCGGGACGGCGGCGGCAGCAGGCAGAGUGUGAGCGCGCUCAGAACGCUCUGAGUCGGGUCACUUCCUGCUUCCAGCAACUGGUGGUGUCGCUGGGAAGUUCAGCCGACAGCAACUUCCUGCGGGAAGAGAUGGAGGAGACGAGAGCGCUGGCUCACCGGAUCUGCUCAGGUCUGUCUCGCCGCCUGCUGCGCCUGCUGUCAGCCUGUGACUCCGCCCCCGUUGCCGUCGACGACAGACAUGCUUCAGAGCGACUCUGGGUUCUCUUCCUGUCUGCAAUGGAGUACUUCCUGUCUGACCUCCGGAGGGCCAAAGAGCUGAUUGGUCAGUUCCCCCUGACCCAGCGCUCCAGCAGACACUCACUGGUGAACUCAGGAUGUACCGACGGCCCGGUGGGUCUGGCGGCCAGGGUGGCGCUGGUCCAAAUCCCCUGGCUGGUUCUGGAGGAAGAGCCCAGUCCAGAUCUGACCAAUCACAUCGCAGGCCUGGAGGCCCAGCUGGGUGAGCUGCAGCAGAGGGUCCCGGUGGCGUUCUGGACAGUGGAGUCGACCCAGCCGGCAUGGGCCGAGGUUCUGAGCGAGACCGAGGAUCCGGAGGAAAGCCUGGAGGACUUGAUGGAGGUGGAGGUGGCGUCCAGCGGCGGUGGCAGCACCAGGCUGGCCGCCUGCUGCCAGGGAACCUGCUGCUGGGUCGGAUAGGCCCGGAUCAGUUCUGCUGCAGCAGGAAGUGGUUCAGCAGGUUCUGAGAGCUCCAACAGAAAUCUUCUAUAGAAAUAUUGACCCAGAAUGUAGCAGAGGAUUAGAAUAAUGUGAAAAUUAUAGCACAGAAAGUUGAGUGGAAGGAAAAAGUGUCCAUCUAUUCAAUCUGAAGGAGCAGACGACCAUGACCUGGGUCAACAGGCGAUCUGCUGGUUCUGUUGGGUCCAGAGUCAACGCAUCUACCAGAACCUUUAGGGGUCUCAAACUCCAGUCCUGCAACUUUUAGAUGUGCCUCUGCUGCAGCACCUGAAUAGAAUAAUUAAUGUUCUGGAGAACUGAUCUACACAAGGUGGAGGUAAUUAAGCCAUUUCAUUCCAGUGUUUUGUACCUGUGGCAUAUUUAAAAACUACAGGACUGCGGCCCUCGAGGACUGGAGUUUGAGACCCGUCUUAGAGUCUUCAUGAAGGUUCUGCAGCAGAAAAUUUUAUUGAUCUGAACAUUUCAGUUUGAGGCACUGCAUGUUGGGCCUCCAUCCACAAUCAGAAAAAUCCAAAGUA